GACACGUGCCGGAGCAGAGGUCCCCUCAGACACCUCCGACCCGCCGGCGCCGCUCGGCAAACCUGCAACGGCCGUUGGCAAACAGUCCCUCCCGCCCGGUGUGGAUAUUACGCUGUAACGGGCCCUAUCGGCACCGCGCGGGGGACAGAGAGCAUCGAUCGACCAGUGGCCUAACGACCGCCACUUCCGGCACUAUCCCGGGGGCGGCGCGACGGACCGACGCCGCACCUAUCGACGCACGUGCAGGAGAGGAGCACAAACCGAGCGGGGCGGACGGACUGACCGGCAGUGGUGGUGUGGUGGCUCCGUGAAGUGGUUAUCUGUGACGGAGAGAAAACUGACGGCUUCAGUGGUGACUUUCGGUGAGUUUGGUGGCCGCCGUGUGCCCGCGGGCGAGGACGCUGUCCGUUGUAAAUACCGCGGACGGAGUGACCUUGCUAAAAGGCCUCGAAGUGUGCCAGUGAUAACUGUGAGGACUAACUGAGGACUGAGGAAGACAAGGGCGUCGCGAUGCGGUUUAACCGUGCCGAGGUGACCCGGCGACCGGUGCGAGGUCGCGGCCUGGCCCGCCGCAGUGCCGCUGACCUGAAGCCGAUCCUGUCCCCGGCCAAACGGGCGCUGACCUAUCAGCGGCGCAGCGCGCGGCUGCUGCUCUGGAGCGGCGUGCUGAGCCGCUCUCAGCUGCGUGACCUCGGCUCCAGCCCCGGGCUGGCCGCAGUGCCGCUGUCGAGGUCACGGCUCGACGUGACCUCGCCCCAGGGUGGGUCAGAGGCUGACCUGACCGGGCAGCGGGUCACGGACAGAGCGGCGGAGGAUGGCGGCAGAGCAGAGAGUGGUGGUCGGGCAGAGGUGAACGGAGUGGAAUACGGCGCUGGUGGUGGUGUGAGCAAGGGACACGAGACGACGGAAAACUCAGAACAGGAAGUCCGACUUCCGCAAGCUGACCGGAAGCAUGGUGAGAAUGUUCAGUCUAUGUCCAAAUCAAAGACGUCAAACGUAGAAGCUGCUCAAAAGGCCCCGGAACCCAGGGAAAUAGUGAAGCCAGCCGACACGGGAGCGCCGCCAAGUCGCCGAGUUGCGCCGCCCAAACCUCCGCGGCCGAGCAAAUCGGCCACCAACCUGCUGGCGUCGGUCACCAGCGGCCGGCGUCCGGGGCCCAGCACCAGGUCAGCUCCCAGUCUGCUGAGCGCCGCCGUCGCUCAGCAGUCAGCAGUCAGCUCAGCUGCAGCAAUGAGCCAAACGGCUGAGAGGCAGCAGCACGAGCAAAAGCAGUCGCGGGAGCAGCAGCAGGAACAACAGCAGUCGCGGCAGCAGCAGCAGCAGACGGAGAGCAGCCCCACCGAGCUCACCUCCUCAGGUGGCCGCUCGGCAGUCGACCUCCCCCGGACCAGCGCCAAGAUGUCGGAGCAGACGGCCGAUAGCAGCCAGCAGCUGCGCGAGUCGCAGCGCGCGCUGAAGCGCACCCGGCAGCACCUGCAGCUGCAGGAGGCGCGCAGCCGGCAGCUGGUGACCGCCUGCGCGGCCAAACUGCGCGACCAGCAGGCCGAGGCCGCGCGCGCCGAGGCGCUCAAGGAGCGCCAGUUCCAGCGCAUCCUGCAGCAGCUGGCCGUGCUCCAGAGCAAGCUGAAGCGCGAGCAGAAGCUCAUCUACCAGGAGAUGUCGGAGCGCGAGCAGCUGUCGCAGCAGCAGGCGCGCGAGCUGGAGCGGCUGCGGCGCACCAACCGCCGGCUGCUCGGCAAGGUGACGCGGCUGAGCGCGCCCUGCGCCCGCUGCGGCACCAAGCCAGACAGCGGCAUCAGCGACUGCGACGAGCCCGACGAGCUGGCGCCCAAACAGGCCAAGACGGGCGGCUCGCCCGACUCGGCGCUGGCCUCGGCAGAGAGCAGCGACACCGCCAGCCCGCCCACCGCCGAGCGCGGCAUCAUGAAGACCACGCGCGAGCAGCGCAAGGCGCCGCCCAAGACGGUCACCUUCUCCCUGAGCGACGAGCCGCGCGAGCGCGAGAAGUCUGCGCCGCGCCGGCCGCCGCUGCCGCUCAAACCGCGCCUCAUCCUGCCGCCGAGCGCUCACGUGAACGGCGCCACCUUCGGCCAGCCGUCGAUCGUCAGCACCAUCAGCCAGCUGCUGGGAGUGGAACUGGAGGCCGCCGCAGCGCGGCAGGCGGCCGCCACGACCCCGGCGCCGCUCUCCGCCAUACCCGAGGACCUGGAGAGCUCCCGGGAGGCGGCGCCCGCCAGCCAGCCCUCCGAGGAUAAGGAGAAUGUGCCUCAGGAGACCACAAAGGCAGGCGAGGAGCCGGCGCCCGUCCAGGAGUCCAACCACAAACCGAAAAACGCGCCCCGAUCUCGGUCAAAUAUCAAUCUGAUCAUGAGCGAACACGAAGGUGUCAAGAUAAAAGACAACUUCGAGGAGUUCAAGUUCGAGGAGGAUAUCUCCGGCAGCGUGUGCUCGGACACCGCGAGCGAGCGCAGCGCCGACAGCGGCCGGGACGAGAAGCUCAGCUUCGACCGGCGGGCGGGAGAUGGCGCUGAGUCCGAGCCGGCAGAAACCCAGCCGAUCAUUGCCAACUACGACAAGUUCCUCGAGCAGUCGGGCCUCAGCCAAAAGUCGAUCCGCACCCCGAAGCGUCUCUUCACCAACCACCGGUCGAUGUUGAAGCCCAGCGACGUCAAACACCGACACCGGACCAAGCUGCUGGACGGCUUCACCAUAGAGGACGUGUCGCCGACCAGUGUACGCUACUACUCGGAGGAGCUGUAGCGUCCCCUGCUCCCAGACUCCGCCGCGCUGCCGUCCCAGCCGCUGCUGUGGACGGCGGGCGGUUCAGUGAUAGAUGAGGCGGCCGACGCGCGUCUCGCCAGUGGUGCUCCUACCGACCGUCGCGGUCAGGUUGUGCGCGUGUCCGGACCUCCAGUGUGUGUCUGUGUGUGGAGUACGCGCCUGUGCGCGAUAGUUCGUCCAGCUGAGAGCGGAGGCCGGUCGGCCGCAGCGCCAGCCGCCCCCGCCCCCGCCCGGCGCCGGAUCGUCGCCGCCGCCCAGCGCGGCCGCCGGCUGAGUCACGGGCGCACCCGGCCCCAGGGCGCAGACCCGCCUCUGUCCGGCAGAGGACGGGAGCUGCGCGGGGCGGAGAGAGGGACAGAGGCGAGAGCCGGCCACAGAGAGGGACAUCGCAGCGCUCCGAGGGACAGCGCUUCCUGUGGCGGAAAAUCGAAACGCCAAACCGCUGCACCGUCGCUACAACACGUCUGAGCGUGUUCGCCGGUGUGACGUCCGGUCCUCUCUCGCCGUGGCCACCUCUCUCCAGCGGGGGCGGUGGCGGCUGGGACGCUGCGGAGGCAGCCGACCGCCUCACGCUGCUCCGUCGGCGUCUUCUUGUUUCGCUGUCGCUCUAUGUCAGAGUAUAGAGGCCGUCACCAUGCUGACAGGCCGUCCCGAGUCGGCCCGGCCGGCACAAUGUCAGGUAGACUGCCCUGUGUCAGAUGUGUAGUCAUUUAUGCAAAUAGACAUGUGUAUAAUUCGUA